AUGUGGGGGCUUAAAGCUGUGGCGACAAGUUUGUUGGUGUGUUCGGUGCUGGGUGCUCAAAAUUUUCCACCUGAUUUUAAAUUCGGGUCAGCUUCAUCUGCUUACCAGGUUGAGGGGGCUUGGAAUUAUGGCGACAAAACUCCUAGUAUUUGGGAUGUCUUUAUAAAAAACGAUCCCAGCGUGAUCAUCGACCAUUCAAAUGCAGACAUCGCUUGCAACAGUUUCCAUGAUUGGGAGAGAGAUGUUGAAAUAGCAACCGAACUGGGCUUAGACUACUACAGAUUUUCAAUUUCCUGGCCAAGAAUUUUGCCCACUGGCAAACAAGAUCGUAUCAGUGAAUACGGGAUGAAGUAUUACAACAACCUAAUCGACGCGUUGCUUGAAAAGGGUAUCAAACCAGUUGUCACGAUGUAUCAUUGGGACCUGCCGCAGGCCUUGCAAGAUUGGGGUGGAUGGCUGAACCCUCUAAUAUCUGACUGGUUUGAAAAUUAUGCACGCGUCCUUUACUCUCUAUUUGGAGAUCGCGUGAAAACUUGGCUUACUCUGAACGAACCUAUCAUAUUUUGUGAAUUGUCCUUCAACACUGGUAAACACGCUCCAGGACUCGCCAGUGCUGGUGAAGGCAACUACAUUUGCAACAAAAAUGCGAUGCUCGCUCACGCUAAAGCUUGGAGAGUUUAUGAUAAAGAAUUUAGAGGAAAACAAGGAGGAAAAGUUUCUCUUGCAAAUCAAUACAUCUGGCUCGAACCUCGUACUAAUAGUCCAAUUGAUGUAGAAGCGACAAAAAAUGCAAGACAACUCAUGAUUGGUAUGUACUCGCAUCCGAUAUUCUCCAAAGAUGGCGGAUGGCCACCGGUCAUUGAGAGGAUUGUAGCAGAGAAGAGUAAGGAAGAAGGUCGUUUUCUGUCAAGACUACCAGGUUUUACUCAAGAAGAAAUCGAAGUAAUAAAAGGAACCUACGAUUUUUUGGGCUUCAACUUUUACACGGCACGGGCUGUGAACAAAGCAGAAGAUGGAGUCGACGUUGGUGAAUGGCCUCUUUCAGGAUCAAAGGACUUAGACAUACAACUCACUAUGAAUGAUGAAUGGAAUAAGACGGAUGCGGAGUGGCUCGUCGAAUAUCCUGUGGGCCUUCGUCGACUGUUAAACUGGCUGAAAAAUGAAUAUGGGGACAUUGAUAUUCUGAUCACUGAAAAUGGUUACGCUACUAAUAAAACCAUAAUUGAUGACCAAGCUCGAGUGAAUUACAUGAAAAAGCAUUUGGAACAGGUUCUCCUUGCGAUUAAUGAAGAUAAAGUCAAAGUAAGAGGCUAUACCGCUUGGUCAAUGAUGGACAACUUCGAGUGGUGUGAUGGUUACAGCUUAAGGUUUGGGUUGUACGAAGUGGACUUCAAGGAUCCAAAACUCAAGCCCAAGCCUCGAACUUCCUCACAUUACUACACGAACGUGAUAAAGCAUCGCUCAUUAGAUUUUGAUGAUACAACCUCUAAUAUAAUUACUGAUGAACUUUAAAUUUUUUUGUUCAUAAAUAAAUUCUUUUGAAAAUUAA